UUAGUCGUAACCGUACGUAGGCCAGUCACCCGGUCUUGGCAAUUGGCACUUGGAUCGCUGAUUUGCACCUUAAUUUGAUCCAGCUCGUACGCAUAGCUAGUGCUGACUAACCAACGAGUUUAAUUAGCUGAAUGAACACUUUCGGAUGACGCAAAUGCGUGCCCAUUCUACACAUCCCCCAUUUGAUUAACUGGCCCGUCCCCUUCCAUCGAACAUCUACACUCCGUCCUUCCGUCCGUGUGUAUAAAAAGCCCCCGGUCGAUCAGAAACCAGAAAAACCUCGUGGAGUGUGUGUGCCACUCAACAGAGCCCGAGCUAGCCGAAGACUAGAAAUGGCGGCACGAUCUGCGAUGCUGACGCUCCUGUUAUCCGCAAUUUUGGCCGUCGGCGGCGCUGCAGCGGCGAAGGCGGAGAGUUCAGGCAAGCUGCGGCAGGGGUUCUACUCCCACAGCUGCCCGCGGGCCGAGCAGCUCGUGGCGCGCUACGCCCGCCGCCACGUCCCCCGCUCCCCUUCCCUCGCUGCCACCCUCCUCCGCACCCACUUCCACGACUGCUUCGUUAGGGGGUGCGACGCGUCGGUGCUGCUGAACGGGAGGAAGAAGAAUAAUGGGGAAGCGGAGAAGGAGGCGGCGCCGAACCUGACGCUGCGCGGGUUCGCGUUCCUGGACGGGGCCAAGGCGCUGGUGGAGGAGGAGUGCCCGGGGGUCGUGUCCUGCGCCGACGUGCUGGCACUCGCCGCGCGCGACGCCGUGGCCGCCAUCGGUGGGCCGUUCUGGAAGGUGCCGACGGGGAGGAGGGACGGGAGGGUGUCGCGGAAGCAGGAGGCGCUCGACCAGAUCCCGGCCCCCACCAUGAACUUCACCGCGCUCCUCGCGUCGUUCCGGAGCAAAGGGCUCGAGCUCCCCGACCUCGUCUGGCUGUCAGGCGCGCACACGAUCGGCAUCGCGCACUGCGACUCCUUCGGCGAGCGGCUCUACAACUUCACGGGCCGCGGCGGCGCCGGCGACGCGGACCCGUCGCUGGACACCGCCUACGCCGCGACCCUCCGCCGCACAAAGUGCGCGACGCCGACGGACAACACGACGAUCGUGGAGAUGGACCCGGGAAGCUUCCUGACCUUCGACCUGGGCUACUACCGGGGCCUCCUCAAGCGCCGGGGCCUGUUCCAGUCGGACGCGGCCCUGAUCACGGACGCCGCGGCAAGGGCCGACGUCGAGAGCGUGGCCAAAGGGCCCCCCGAGGUGUUCUUCCAGGUGUUCGCGAGGUCCAUGGUGAGGCUGGGCAUGGUGGGCGUCAAGACCGGCGCCCAGGGGGAGAUCCGGCGCCACUGCGCCGUCGUCAACGGCUAGUCUGUAAACUCUGUAUAUAUAUGUAUGUAUGGCCACGAUGAUCCGUGGGUUUUUGUGGGUGGUUUUAUGUUUCUAUUGGUCCAACUGUAACUAGGAAAAUGGUGCAAUAAACUUCAGUGGGAAAAGGCUUGGCAGAGCUACUA